GGUAAAGUAUUUCUACACAGUUGCAGCAAAACCGCUGUUUUGAAAUGCUCAGUGUUGAAAGCCUGAGCGGGCCACACUCCAUACUGAAGGAAGGAGGCUGAGUGCCCGUGCAGCAGUUGCUCCCCUUGACCAAACAGCUUGUUUUCUCUUAUUUGGCUAAUGAGCAAAGUGUCGAGGUCAUCAAGCGAAACGGAGGAUAUCUGGGGAACAGAGGAGGAUGACAUGACAGAAGGUGACCUAGGGUAUGGCCUCGGAAGAAAACCUGGUGGCCUUUAUGAAGUUUCGUGUUCGAUUACCUCUAAGAAAAGGUCAGAUGGGAAGAACUUGAGCCCUCCUCCGUUUCCAAGAAAGGGGGAGGAAAGAAGCGAAACCAUUUUCCAGUAUUCCAGGAAUAAGGGCGUCGGAGAUACAGGCGCCCAUGGAUGCAGAGGGUCCGGCGGCGGCCGACGACAGAGCAGCACGGAUUCUAAUUCUGAAUUGUCAGAUGAACAAUUAAGGCAACGUCUUCGUGAAACUUUAGAGGAAGUAGAGGUUUUAAAAACUGAGCUGGAAGCAUCUCAGAGACAACUUGAAGCCAAAGAGGAAGCACUGAAAAUCCUUCAAAGCAUGGCAGUGCUUGGCAAAGCCACAAGCCACAUGCAGACAGUACUUCAAAAAACUAUAGAACAAAAGAGAUCUUUGGAGAAGGAAAUAAACGCCUUGCAGUGGGAAAUGGAAUUUGAUCAGGAUAGAUUUAAAAAUAUAGAGGAAUCUUGGACCCAAAAAUAUGACAGACUAAACUGUGACAAUGCAGUCCUCAGAGAGAAUCUGAAGGUGAAAACAGAAGAAAUAAAAAUGCUCAAGUCUGAAAAUGCUGUUCUGAAUCAACGGUACCUGGAGGCCCUCGCUAUGCUUGAUAUCAAGCAACAGAAGAUGGCUCAGGAGGACAUGGCUCAGGAGAAGAGUGGCUUUGCAGAGGUAUCCGGUCUCGAGCUUGCAGUACUUGGAGCCUGCCUGUGCCGUGGUCCUGGCGGGAGCCCUUGUUCGUGUGCCAAAACAGCAGCGUCCACUCGAAAACUGGUUCUUCAGCUUAGACAUGAGUUGGAAAUCCUGCAGAAGAGCAAGGAAGAGGCGCACAUAACGGCAGAUGCAUUCAGAAUUGCUUUUGAGCAACAACUAAUGAGUAGAAGCGACCAGGCACUGAGACUGGCAUGUGCGGAUAAGUGUAGAAGGGCAGCAACGUGGAUAAGCAGGCAACACCUGAAAGAAGACGGAUAUCCAGCACAGAGGAGAAAGAAGACGUUAGGGCAGAGACUGCUGGGGAUGCUCCCUUCAGAAAACAGCGCCAAGAAGGCUGAAGACCAAGACAGCCUGCAGGAGGUCCUGAAGAUGCUAAGAGAUCUGCUGAGUGACAAAGAGGCGGCGCUGGCUCACCAAAGGAAGGUGAGUUACAUGCUUGCUCGGGCCCUGGAAGACAGAGACGCUGCCUCGAAAAAGAAUAAAGAAAAAGCUUCCGCGAGCCAGCAUUUCCCACUCAAAACUGCCUGGCGGGAAGCUUCGGAACUCUGUGGCUUGCAUGAUCUAGUACAUUCGAAUGGCUGUGCUUCCGGUCCUGCGGGCUGCACCUGUUCUGUCCAUUGUCCUCACAGAGAUUCCGACUGCUCAAGAACUCUUACAAGAUCCUGUUCUUUGCCAUCAGGUAUAUUUUACAAAUAAACCAGUUGAAACUAGAGAUGUUAAAAAUCAGCAUUCAGAGUGGAAAUGUAGCUCAGGGUUACAACACUUGGUUAGCAUGCAUAAGGACUAGGGUCAGCAC